AUGUCAUUUCUCCUGUGGGGUCCCAACAGCUCCUCCUGGGUGCUGUCGAGGCACAUCAGAGUGCAUCACUUCAAUGCUGGAAAUUCAUUCAAGACAUUUUUCCAGGAUCUCUGGUGGCUGCUCUUUGGAAUAAUCCUGCUUUGUUCCCCAGCAUGUUGCUCUGUCUUUAAAAUUGGACUGCUUGGACCCUGGAACUGUGACCCCUUCUUUUCCAAAGCCUUUCCCCAUGUGGCUGCCAGGUUAGCUGUGGGACGAAUAAGCAGAGACCCUUCACUAGAUCUUGGCCACCGGCUGGAUUAUGUGAUCCUGCAAGAAGAAUGUGAGACACCAAGAGCUCUGGUUAGAUUUGUUGACUUUGGAAAGCUUUCCUCAGCUUUUAUAGGCCCUCUAAACCCUGGCUUCUGUGAGGUGGCUGCACAUUUAGGAAAAAACUGGAAUAAAGCUAUCUUCUCAUGGAUGUGCAUCAAUUAUAAGCUGGAUUCCACCAUCCACCAUAACGCGUUUGCAAGAACUCUGCCCUCUCCAACCCAAAUUUUGCUUACAAUAAUGAAAUAUUUUAAGUGGGCUCAUAUUGGCAUCAUUGCAUCCAGUGACGAUAUUUGGAUGUACACAGCCAAGGAGUCAGCAACUGCGCUCAGGAACCAUGGGCUACCUGUAGGCAUUGUUACAUCUGUGCAUAAGGGAGAAAAAGGCAUUGAAGACACCUGGAACAAGAUUAAAGAAGUUAAUAACAUUAAAAUUAUACUGCUGUGCAUGCACUCUGCUCUCAUCGGAGGGCAGGAACAGGCCGCCUUACUCACAAAAGCUCUGGAAAUGGGACUAGCAGAUGGAAGAUACAUCUUUGUUCCCUAUGACACUUUGCUGUACAAUCUUCCUUACCAAAACAACUCAUUCAGUGUCUUUGAUAAUGACAGCAAGCUCCGGGAGGCUUAUGAUGCUGUGCUGACCAUCACGCUGGAGUCUGGAGAAAGGACUUUCUAUGAUGCAUUCAGGGAAGCUAAAGAAAGUGGUGAAAUAAUCAGGGAUUUGGAAGCCACACAGGUUUCUCCACUCUUUGGAACAAUCUAUGAUGCCAUUUACUUCAUGGCAAUGGCUAUGGACAGUGCACGGAGGAAAGGGGUCAGAACCUCAGGAGCCAACAUAGCUGAGCACACGAAAAACUUCAGUUUCCCUGGAUUUAGUCACCGAGUAGAGACAGACAGCCAUGGGAAGGGGCUGAACAACUAUGUGAUACUGGACACAGAUGGUCAUGGGAACCAGCUUUUCCCAACCCACCUGCUGGACAUGUCUUCAGGCUCUGUGCUGUCCCUAGGCCAGGCCAUCCACUUUCCCAAUGAAGUUCCACCCAAACCAGACUCCAGCUGUUGGUUUGAUCCAGAUGUUCUCUGUGCUGAAGGGAUUGAGCCUGCAGUCAUUUUGUUGGGAGUAAUGCUGUUAUUUUUCCUGGUGUUGUGUGCUGUGGGCCUGGCUUCUCUCAUCAGGCAGAGUAUCUUGAACAACCAGCUUUUCAGGGGUCCGAACAAGAUCAUACUGACCUUGGAUGACCUCAUCUUCAUCAACCCAGAGCUACAUAGAAAGAGGCUGACCUUGGACAGUCUGACUGAUGCAAACAGCAUAGCAGUCAAGAACAGAAGCCUGAAAUCCGUAACCCGCUCUGCUUCCUUGAAAAGCACAGGUGCCACCCAUGAAACCUCCAAUGUGGCUUUGUAUGAGGGAGACCAGGUGUGGCUGAAAAAAUUUGAGACAGGAGCAGUUCACUAUCUGAGGCAAAGCUCCACCAGCAUCUUAAGGAAGAUGAAAGAUCUGCGUCAUGAAAAUGUGAAUCUGUUCCUGGGCUUUUUCUCGGACUGUGGCAUCUUUGCCAUAGUGACGGAGUACUGCUCACGAGGCAGCCUGGAGGACUUGCUGAGAAAUGAGGAUAUGAAAUUGGACUGGAUGUUCAAGUCCUCUCUUGUGAUGGAUCUAAUUAAAGGAAUCAGAUAUUUGCAUCACCGAGAUUUUGCCCAUGGACGUCUCAAGUCUCGUAACUGUGUUGUGGAUGGCCGGUUUGUCCUGAAGAUCACUGACUAUGGUUAUAAUGAGAUCUUAGAGGCACAGAAAUGCCCCUAUAUUCAGCCAUCCCCGGAAGAAUUGCUCUGGACGGCUCCUGAGUUACUGAGGGACCCAGACAUGUGCAGAAAAGGCACAAUCAAAGGGGACAUUUACAGCUUUGCAAUCAUCCUACAAGAAGUGGUUGCUCGGGGUCCACCUUACUGCACAUCAGAACUCUCAGCUGAAGAAAUUAUAAAGAAAGUGAAGAAGCCCCCUCCCCUCUGUCGCCCAAACAUAGCUCCUGAGGUAGCCCCCCUGACAUGCAUCCAGGUAAUGAAGCAAUGCUGGGCUGAAGCCCCUGAACGACGUCCAACCUUUGAGGAGGUGUUUCAUAAGUUCAAAACCAUCAACAAAGGGAAAAAGACCAAUAUCAUUGACUCAAUGCUCAGGAUGCUUGAGCAGUACUCAAGCAACCUGGAAGAUUUAAUCAGUGAGCGGACUGAAGAGCUAGAGGUUGAAAAACAGAAGACAGAAAAACUGCUGUCACAAAUGCUUCCACCUUCAGUGGCAGAAGCCCUCAAGACUGGUGGCACUGUGGAACCGGAGUAUUUUGACCAGGUGACCAUCUACUUCAAUGAUAUUGUGGGCUUCACAUCCAUUUCAGCCCUCAGUGAACCCAUUGAAGUAGUUGACCUUCUGAAUGACCUUUACUCUCUGUUCGAUGCUGUUCUUGGAAACCAUGAUGUUUACAAGGUGGAGACAAUUGGUGAUGCCUACAUGGUUGCUUCAGGGCUCCCAAAACGGAAUGGAAACAAGCACGCAGCUGAAAUUGCCAACAUGUCCUUGGACAUCCUCAGCGCUGUGGGAACAUUCAAAAUGAGGCACAUGCCAGACAUUCCCCUCAGGAUACGAAUCGGGCUGCACACAGGGCCUUGUGUGGCAGGCGUGGUGGGGCUGACCAUGCCACGGUACUGCCUCUUUGGAGACACGGUGAACACGGCGUCAAGAAUGGAGUCCACAGGCCUGCCUUACAGAAUUCAUGUCAGCCAAAGUACAGUGGAUACACUUCGGAAUCUGAACGAAGGCUAUGAAAUCAUACCCAGGGGAAAAACAGAACUGAGGGGUAAAGGAGUAGAGGAAACAUAUUGGCUGGUUGGGAAAAAAGGCUUCCAGAAGCCCUUACCUAAACCUCCUGAAAUAAAGCCAGGCCACAACUGGCCAGAUGUACUGACCAGGAAAUUGAAAUCUGUCCUGAGGGACACAAAGAGGACACUAAGAAAGCAAAGAGCUGGGAAGCAUGAAGGAGAAAUAAGUUUUGGAGAGGAUGAAAUCUGA